UAUCGUUUUUUUCCUGUGACUCAGGGGGAGGAAGAUAAUGAAUAAAGUUCAGUCUCUCUCUCUCUCUCUUUCUGUCGAUCAUCAUCUCUCUGUCUACACUCCUCUUCCUCCCACUCACCUGGUUGAUAUAUUUUAUUGUUUAUCUGAAAUAUCAUUUCAGUUCAUUUGGUUACCUGUUAUCUCAGUUUGUUUAUCCUUUUGGAAUCGUUUUCAACUCAAUAAUUCAUUACGGUGUUUUUUUAUGUCAGAACUUUUUUCAACCAUUUUCUCACCCAGAAUCAUCAUGUUAACAUCUUUGUAUCAAUAAUUGAAAUCUUUUCACCCUGUUGCUUGUGAUUCUUAAUAGAUUAACCUUUGAUUGAUUUGGAUAAUGUUUCUUGUCUGUUUGUUUUGCCUCUGAAUUCAAAGGAUAACGAACACAAAUCUAAACCAAAACACUUCAUGAUUAACCAAAGAUAGUUGAUUAAAGUGCUAAAGUGAACUAAUUUGAAUCGUCUAAUCAUAAUCAUCACUCACCAUGGGCUCAUUACUGAAUAAGCCGAAAACAACAGUUGAUUUCAAAGCCUUAGCUGCAGAGACGCCAUUUCCAAUUUCUCAAUUGAAACAUUGGCACCAAGAGUUCCUAAGAAGUUGUCCUCAUGGUUACAUGACAAAGGAGAUUUUCAUUGAAACUUUUCAUGAAUAUUUCUCACCGGACAAUAUAAACUUAAUCAGAUUGGCUGAUUAUAUUUUCACCAAGUUUGAUGUUAACAAGGAUGGUGUGAUUACUUUCCCUGAAUUCAUUCAAGCGGUUACCAUACCAACUCAUGGUGGAAUUGAUCAAAAACUAGAAUGGGCUUUCUCAAUCUAUGACACCGAUGGCGAUGGUUACAUAACCAAGGCCGAAAUGUUCAGUGUGGUCAAAGCUCUUUAUGAACGUAAAGGAACCACUGAGAUGCAACUUACCCUGGCCAGGGAACGUAUCGAUGAUAUAUUUUCCAGAAUGGAUUUGAACCGAGAUAAUAGAUUAAGUCGAGAUGAGUUUAUCAAUGGAUUUAAACAAGAUCCAAGUAUAAUCCGUUCACUUUCUGGAAUCAAUAAUAAUCCAAACUACAAUAUGCAUUCAACUAGAUUGUGGAGUCAAGAUUAUACCGUAAUUUAAAUUGAUUGUUAACAAUUAGCAUUAUCAUAAUCAUUAGGUGAUAGUGUCUCUUAAUUGUGUUCAAUUUUAAAUGAUAAUUUUAACCUGAAAAUAAUUCAUACUCAUAUUUAUUUACCGUUUUAAGUUUUAAACAACAUAAUUAAUGUUUUCAUUUAAAUUGUUCAAUCAAUUUUUGUAAUAUUAUCAAUUGUGAAAAUUGAAAAGGAUUUAAUUGUUUGAUAAUGAUUAAUUA